UUCCCUGCGCUCCACCCGGUUCCCAGCGCAGGGAUCCCCGAGACCGACGUUCCGUGGGGCCGCGAGUCUUCCGGAGGUGCGAGCCAGGUGAUGGCCGCUUCCUGGGCGUGAGGCGGGCAGACGGGGAGCCUGCGGUUGUGGUCCCCACCCCGGGAGCUCUGGGAGCCCGGGUGACAGCGUAGGAAUCUCAAACUCACCACGACCAAAUGGAAUCACAUCUUCAACGAAGAUUGUUUCUGGUGUAACAGUUGUCCAUCAGGGUUGGAAACCUUCUUCAUCCUGCUGGUCUUGGUGACCUCAUUUUUCAAGUCCCUGCUUAAAUUUCACUUUCUCUGUGAUUCCUUCCCAUACUAAUGCAGAAAUGAGCACAGAAGCAGAGCAACAGCUCCUCCAUCAUGCCAGAAACGGCAACGCUGAAGAAGUAAGACAGUUAUUGGAAACCAUGGAAAGGAAUGAAGUAACUGCUGACAUUAACUGCAAAGGAAGAAGUAAGUCUAAUUUGGGCUGGACACCUCUUCAUCUGGCCUGCUAUUUUGGACAUAGACAAGUGGUCCAGGAUCUGUUAAAGGCUGGUGCAGAAGUAAAUGUAUUAAAUGACAUGGGAGACACGCCACUUCAUCGGGCUGCCUUUACAGGACGAAAGGAGUUGGUAAUGCUUCUUUUAGAAUAUAAUGCUCAUACUACUGUUGUUAAUGGGAAUGGACAGACAGCAAAGGAAGUCACUCAUGACAAAGAAAUCAGAAACAUGCUUGAAGCUGUAGAAAGGACUCAACAAAGAAAGCUUGAAGAAUUACUUUUAGCAGCAGCAAGAGAAGGCAGAACAGCGGAACUCACAGCUCUGCUCAACAGGCCGAAUCCUCCUGCUGUUAACUGUUCGGAUCAGUUAGGAAAUACACCCUUGCAUUGUGCCGCCUAUCGGGCUCAUAAACAAUGUGCCUUAAAGCUUCUAAAAAGUGGAGCAGACCCUAAUCUGAAGAACAAAAAUGAUCAGAAACCUCUUGAUCUUGCCCAGGGUGCUGAAAUGAAACACGUUCUUCUUGGUAAUAAGGUCAUCUACAAAGCAUUGAAACGAUACGAAGGCCCUCUCUGGAAGAGUUCAAGAUUUUUUGGCUGGAGAUUAUUCUGGGUAGUGUUAGAACAUGGAGUCCUCUCAUGGUAUAGGAAACAGCCCGAUGCAGUCCAUAAUAUUUAUCGCCAGGGAUGCAAACACCUAACUCAAGCAGUAUGCACGGUAAAACCCACUGACAGCUGCCUCUUCUUUAUUAAAUGCUUCGAUGACACUGUUCAUGGCUUCAGGGUUCCUAAGAAUAGCUUUCAGCAGACAAGAGAGGACUGGCUGGAAGCAAUAGAAGAGCAUUCUGCUUACAGCACUCACUACUGUUCCCAGGACCAGUUGACUGAUGAUGAAGAGGAAGAUGCAGUUUCUGCUGUAGACUUGAAGGAAUCCUUAGAGAAAGCACAGAUAUGCCAGCAGAGACUAGACAGGGAAAUUUCCAACUUUCUCAGAAUGAUUAAGGAGUGUGACGUGGCUAAAGAAAUGCUUCCAUCAUUCCUUCAGAAAGUUGAAGUUGUCUCUGAAGCUUCUAGAGAAACUUGUGUAGCUUUGAGUGAUUGCCUUAAUCUCUUCACCAAACAAGAAGGGCCUCCCAGUUUGGAAAUCACUGGAUUACAACAUUCUCUUGUGAAUUGGUUGGACAUGGCUGUGCCGCAGAGUGCAUCCAGAUGUGAUGAUGAUAAUUUGGGGAUUUUUCUGCAAGUAGUGAGGAAUUUUAAAUUGGAACAGGAACAAGAAAAAAACAAAAUUUUGUCAGAAGCGCUGGCGACUCUAGCCACUGAACAUCAUGAAUUAGAGCAGUCUCUGGUUAAAGGCUCCCCACCUCUCAGCAUCCUUAGUGAGGACGAGUUCUAUGAUGCACUGUCAGAUUCCGAGUCCGAACGGUCCCUGAGUAGAUUGGAAGCAGUGACUGCGCACUGCUUUGAAGAGGAAGGAGAGCACCUGAGGAGUAGAAAGCACAGAAUGUCCGAAGGAAAAGACUGUGGUGGUGGAGAUGCUCUCUCCAAUGGCAUCAAAAAACACAGGGCUCAUGUCGCCACCCUGGUGAACCCCUGUCAUCUUCGCGAUUGGACGGGACAGUCAGCCAGCAGCGAGAGCCUCAGCAGCGGGGAGUACGCGAUGGCUUCUGACUGGGGCUCCGGGGGGAACAGGUGUCCUUCCCUCACUUCUUCACCUAUUAAGGUUGGAACUCAAGCCACGCUGCCAUCUGAGUGGCUUCUCUGCAGCUCGCUGCCCAGGCGACAGGAUGAGGAACUCUCCAAGAUCACCAUGCCAGUUAUAUUUAACGAGCCUUUGAGCUUCCUCCAGCGACUCACUGAAUAUAUGGAGCAUACGUACCUCAUCCACAAGGCCAGUUCAUUUGCUGAUCCUGUGGAAAGGAUGCAGUGUGUAGCUGCAUUUGCUGUAUCUGCUGUUGCUUCUCAGUGGGAACGCACUGGAAAGCCUUUCAACCCACUUCUGGGAGAGACUUAUGAAUUAGUUCGAGAUGACCUUGGUUUCAGACUCAUCUCUGAGCAGGUCAGCCAUCACCCACCCAUUAGUGCAUUUCAUGCUGAAGGAUUAAACAAUGAUUUCAUCUUUCAUGGCUCAAUCUAUCCCAAACUGAAGUUCUGGGGGAAGAGUGUAGAAGCAGAACCCAAAGGAACCAUCACGUUGGAGCUCCUUGAACACAAUGAAGCAUAUACGUGGACAAAUCCUACCUGCUGUGUACAUAACAUCAUUGUGGGGAAGCUCUGGAUUGAGCAGUACGGCAAUGUGGAGAUCACAAACCACAAGACUGCGGACAAAUGUGUGUUGAAUUUUAAGCCAUGCGGCCUUUUUGGUAAGGAGUUACACAAAGUUGAAGGCUACAUUCAAGAUAAAAGCAAAAAGAAGCUCUGUGCCCUCUAUGGGAAGUGGACAGAAUGUUUGUACAGUGUUGACCCUGCCACAUUUGAUGCUUACAAAAAAAAUGAUAAGAAAAACACUGAAGAGAAGAAGAACAGCAAACAGAUGAGCGCUUCUGAGGAGUCAGACGAAAUGCCAAUGCCAGAUUCCGAGAGCGUGUUUGUCAUUCCUGGGAGCGUUCUCCUGUGGCGAAUAGCCCCGCGGCCUCCCAAUUCGACCCAGAUGUAUAAUUUUACUAGCUUUGCAAUGGUUUUGAAUGAAGUAGACAAGGAAAUGGAGGGUGUGAUACCUAAGACAGACUGCAGGCUACGUCCUGACAUCAGAGCCAUGGAAAAUGGGGAAAUAGAUCAAGCUAGUGAAGAAAAAAAGCGACUUGAGGAGAAACAAAGAGCGGCCCGCAAGAACAGGUCCAAAUUGGAGGAGGACUGGAAGACGAGGUGGUUCCAUCAAGGUCCUAAUCCCUACAGCGGAGCCCAGGACUGGCUUUACUCGGGCAGCUACUGGGACAGAAACUACUUCAAUUUGCCUGACAUUUAUUAAAACAUAGACAAGUUGGGGCAUUUGGCUAAUCUACAGAUAAGACUUAAACCUGUGUUUUAAAAUUUUCUUCUUUGAUUUCUACUCAUCUUUUGAAAAGAGAAAAAAAAUCCUCUCAUGAUAACUUGCAUUUCACCCAACAAAAGUAGGGCAUAAGGUGGAUACUGGUGAUGAAAGUCUUUGGAAGAAUGGGUAAUUUUGCUAUCCCGACAUGCUUAUUUGGAAUACUGUUUUAUCUAGAGGUAUGGGAAACUGUUGGAGAAUAUGCUUUUUGAUGGUUGCUGUUGCUGUAUUCACUGAAGGUUUAUACCUAAAUGUAACUUUAGCUUUAUGGAAUUAUAUAGUAACCCAAAUCAAGUUAUUUUGAAUAUUUUUAGGCUGUCAUGCUUGAAUGUUUUAGAUUUAACUUCGAAAUGUGUGGAAUUCUCCUAUAUGAUGUUUAUAUGCUCAGAUAUAGAGGUUAUGCCAUCGUGUAAAGACUGCAUUGAGAAGACGGCUUUUCUUCUUACUAAUCCUCUCAAUUGUACCCCUUCCCGCCUCUAAAAAGAAAAACGAUGCCUGAGUGUUCAGAAGAGAGAUUCCUGAUUUGAAAAUUCUAAACUGGAAAAGGUAUUUCGUUUGCUUAUUUUAGUGCUCUGAUUUUACUUUUACAAUGUUCUAAUGUCAUUAGAAUUAAAAUGUUUGAGUUGUACAUGUUUGAAUUGAAAAUAGGUAUAAAACCUAGCAAUUCACAAAAAUACCCCAGAAAUAUAGAUUUUAGUCACCAUCAUUACAUAACGAGAAACCUUUUUAAAUGCUUCAACUCCCAGUGGCAAAUGCCACCAGAGAAAUUCAGUUGUACUCAUGUAUUAUAAGUAUCAGACUAUAUAAAAGGAGGUCUUGUGCAUUUCAAGUUUGCAAGGCACCUGUGUACUUAAGAUACGUACGGAGACCUACUUGUACAGUAGCUUUGCCCCUUUAAUUGGGGUACAUUAAUCUUACGGUAUUUAUCUACCCAACCCCAGACUGAGAUAUUGCUCCAGGGGGCCUUAGGUAGCUGCCAGUAAGUUAUUUUAAUGGCUGUCUUGAAGUUAACAAGUGUUAUAAUGAAAUAAUCUACCUGAUGCUAAAUAAAGGCUUUAGAAUGUUCAAAACAGUGUGGUCUCUUUUAAACUUAGAAAUAUUCUAAUGCUGCACUUAAUAGGAUGCCAAAUUGUCAGGUGUCCUUACACGAAAGUAAGUCCUUGUGCUGCCACGGUCCCCAGGGCCAGAGCUCACCCCCGGGCUCACGUGCUAAGUAGGCAGUUAGCACUCACUGUUCUCUGGGUAAAUACAGUAUUUAUUAGAGCAAGGUGCCACUGUCUUCACUUGGUGUGAAUGCCAAAUACAGAAUUAUCAAGUGGAAUACCUUGGUAGAAAAUUGCUAGAGUGGAAAGUUUUUUUUUUUUUUACAAUGUAUAUGAGCAUUGGAAAAUGCUAUUGUGUCAUAUCACAAGUCUGAAAAUAUUUAGGACCUGUUGUGUUCAGAUGUUUGUACACCACCUAAAUUAUAAAAUAAGCAAGGCGACAAGGUUUUAUGCUUGCAUGAAGUUUAUUGAUAUAUUACGCUUGGUGGCAGACUCCACCGUGAAGGUCAGCUCAAACAGUGUCAUCUUCGGCACCUGUUAGGAAUAAUGUAAAUAGUGACUUGUUUAAUCAUAAAACUGAACAUGUAAAAUGAGUGGAUGAUCAGAAAUGCAAGUUCUAGCCUGCUCUCCUGCUAAGCUCUUAAUUAUGUUAUCUGUGCAUGUGCACUAAAAUAUCCUAGCACCUCAUGCCCAGAACGGCCAUUUUGACAGUUCCACUAGAAGUCUAAAGGGUGGGAGUAGGUAAAUGCUCAGAGUCCUAAGAUAUUUGCAAAAGUCUCCUUAAGUAUGGUAACUAACUGUGGUACUUGAACCUGCCUAAAACUGAAAUCUAGCUUUUGUCCGUCAGACGUGUGGUAGUAAGUACUGGUUGAAUAAAAAUUUUUUAAUGA